CGUGCCGGGCCGGGCCGAGCCGAGCCGGGAUCAGCCCGCGGCGCUGGGGCCGCACCGGCGGAGGGCCCCGGGGCGGCGGCACAACCCCCGGCGGGAGGCCCGGCGAGACCAUGCCGGUGAUGAAGGGGCUGCUGGCGCCGCAGAACACCUUCCUGGACACCAUCGCCACCCGCUUCGAUGGCACUCACAGCAACUUCAUCCUUGCCAACGCGCAGGUCCACCGCGGCUUCCCCAUCGUCUACUGCUCCGAUGGCUUCUGCGACCUCACCGGCUUCGCCCGCACCGAGGUCAUGCAGAAGAACUGCAGCUGCCGCUUCCUCUACGGGGCCGAGACCAGCGAGCCUGUGCUGCAGCGCAUCGAGAAGGUGCUGGACGGCAGGCAGGAGUACCAGACCGAGGUCUGCUUCUACAAGAAGGGUGGAGCUGCCUUCUGGUGCCUGCUGGAUAUCAUGCCCAUCAAGAACGAGAAAGGGGAGGUGGUGCUCUUCCUUUUCUCCUUCAAGGACAUCACAGAGAGCCGGGGCAGGAGCCUCCCGAGUGACAAGAAGGAAGAGAGGCAGAGGAGCAAGAAGCCCGGGAGGUCGCGGCUGCAGGCAGCGCGGAGGCAGGGCCGGACCGUGCUGCACCGGCUCAGCAGCCAGUUUGCCCGUAGGGACCGCGGCGAGAUGAAAAUCAACCGCAACGUGUUCGAGAACAAACCUUCCAUCCCCGAGUACAAAGUGGCCUCGGUGCAGAAGUCUCGCUUCAUCCUGCUCCACUACAGCAUCUUCAAGGCCCUCUGGGACUGGCUGAUCCUCAUGGCCACCUUCUACGUGGCUGUCACUGUCCCCUACAACGUCUGCUUCACAGGCAGAGAGGACAGCCUGUCGGCUGCUCGCAGCACCAUCGUCAGUGACAUCGCAGUGGAGAUGCUCUUUAUCUUGGACAUCAUCCUGAACUUCCGGACCACCUACGUGAGCCAGUCGGGGCAGGUGAUCUACGACCCCCGCUCCAUCUGCAUCCAUUACGUGGCCACCUGGUUCUUUGUGGACCUGAUCGCUGCCCUGCCCUUCGAUCUGCUCUAUGUCUUCAACGUCACUGUGACCUCGCUGGUUCACCUGCUGAAGACGGUGCGGCUGCUGCGGCUGCUGCGGCUGCUGCAGAAGCUGGACCGGUACUCGCAGUACAGCGCCAUGGUGCUCACCCUGCUCAUGUCCAUGUUCGCGCUGCUGGCGCACUGGAUGGCCUGCAUCUGGUACGUCAUCGGCCGCCAGGAGAUGGAGAGCAGCGACCCCCGCACCUGGGAGAUCGGCUGGCUGCACGAGCUGGGCAAGAGGCUGGAGGCUCCCUACAUCAACAACUCGGUGGGGGGCCCCUCCAUCCGCAGCGCCUACAUCGCCUCCCUCUACUUCACCCUCAGCAGCCUGACCAGUGUGGGCUUCGGCAACGUCUGCGCCAACACCGACGCCGAGAAGAUCUUCUCCAUCUGCACCAUGCUCAUCGGGGCGCUGAUGCACGCCGUCGUGUUCGGCAAUGUCACGGCCAUCAUCCAGCGCAUGUACUCGCGCCGCUCGCUCUACCAUACCCGCAUGAAGGACCUCAAGGACUUCAUCCGCGUCCAUCGCCUGCCCCAGCAGCUCAAGCAGAGGAUGCUGGAGUACUUCCAGACCACCUGGUCUGUGAACAAUGGCAUCGACGCCAACGAGCUGCUGCACGACUUCCCCGACGAGCUGCGAGCAGACGUGGCCAUGCAUCUCAACAAGGACAUCCUGCAGCUGCCCAUCUUCGAGACGGCCAGCCGGGGCUGCCUGCGCUCCCUCUCGCUCCACAUCAAGACCUCGUUUUGCGCCCCGGGCGAGUAUCUGCUGCGCCAGGGCGAUGCGCUGCAAGCCAACUACUUCGUCUGCUCCGGCUCUCUCGAGGUGCUGAAGGACAACGUGGUCUUGGCCAUCCUGGGCAAAGGGGAUUUGAUUGGAGCCGACCUGUGCAGCACGGACCAGGUGAUCAAGACCAACGCGGACGUGAAGGCAUUGACCUACUGCGACCUGCAGUACAUCGGGCUGCGGGGGCUCUGCGAGGUGCUGCAGCUCUACCCCGAGUACGCCAGCAAGUUCACGGCUGACAUCCACCAGGAUCUGACCUUCAACCUGCGAGAGGGCAGUGAGAUGGAGGGGCUCUGCCGCUACUCCCGGUCCCCACGGCUACCGCAGGGCCCACAGCCUCGUCCGGAAAGCGGGGCCGCGCCGGAGAAGCCUCUUCCCUCCAUCGUGGAGGACGAGGAGGAGCCGGACGAGGUCUUCCAGUACUCGCCCGCUGCCAUCUCCCACCGCAAGCUGCUGCUGCCCCAGCUGGGCAGCCCCGCCCGGCGCGGCUCCUUGAGCAGCCUCCUGGGCGAUGAGCUGUGCCAGAUCUCUGCCCUGCGCCGCAACUGCCGCUCUCCGUCCCGUUGCGGCCGUGCCCGCAGCGCCUCUCCGCAGUGCCGCAGGGACACACGGACCCCGGAGCGGGACGGCAACGCGGGAAGGCGGCCGGGCAAGCUUCUCAUCCCCUCCCUGCACUCCUAUGGUCCCCCGGACCUCAGCCCCAGAGUCGUGGAUGGGAUUGAAGACAACGGGGGGACAUCAGAGCCACAAACCUUCUCCUUCAACGUGGAUGCCUCAUUGCAGAGCGCAGUGAGGGACUCCCCCACGUCAGCAGGGACAGACGCAGGUGGCCCAGCCCUAGCAACGGAAGCAGAGGAGAUAAAGCAGAACAUCAGGAGACUCAACCAGGAGAUCAACCACCUCAACCAGGAGGUCUCCCACCUCAGCCGGGAGCUACAGCGUAUGAUGGAGCUGCUCCAGGGCCGCCUGGGCACCCCACCACCCCCUGCCUGCCCCCACCGUCUGCCUGUGGUCACCUCGAAGCCCCCUCGGCCCUCGCCACCUUCAGUCCCAGUGCCUCCCUCGCCUCCCCCCAUGCUCCACAGCUCCCACAGCUCCCCCUCCGGCAGUCCCCGUCUCAGACGGUGCCCCGUUCGCAGUCACUCGGCCCACGCCGCUGCCAGCCCCGCCAAGCACUCCUGGGUGGGCAUCGAGGGGCUGUGCCCACUGCGGGGGUUCAGCCCCAGCCUGGACCCCCGCCAAGCCUUGGACUCAUCGCCGCUCUCGCUGCCGCCCCGCUCUGCCCACUCCUUUCCCGGCUGCUCGGCCAGUGGCCGGCCCCGCAUCCACUCGCAGCCCCGCUCCAGCUCCACCAGCUCCCACUGACCUCGUGGGCACGGGGAUGGCGGCGCGGGGGUCGUCGCCUUAGGGUGCCCUCGCCCCGGGGGAGCCUGAUACCGAAGGAUCCUCACCCGCCCCCGCGCUGCCCUCCUCGCCGCCCGGGACACACCAGCUCCGUCCUCGCCCCGGGCACAGGGGCCAGCCCGAACCGUCUGCUGCAGCGGCUGCCGGAGCGGGGCGGCGGCUGGGGACCCCCGCAGCCUGUUCCCGCGGGAGCCUCCCGGGUGCAGCGCUGGCCCCGGCGCGACACCGGCAGGGAUUUUGGUACUGUUUUAUACUUUCGCGGGGUCUUUUUUACAACCAGGCCAGGCCCGAGCGCCUCUCCCGGCACCUCCCACUCCGUGUCCGGGGCCGUGAAACGGAGCUAGACGGCGCUGCCUCUUCCGGGACUUGCGGGGCCGGUCCGGAGGCUCGGCCGUGGGGUCUUCGGAAGGACUCUCCGGGCGGGUGAUGUGUUCCGAGGGUGGCUCAGGAGUGGUGUCCCGGAGGAUGCCCAGGGGUCGCGGCUGUCCUAUAGCUCGUUUCCCCCCGCCUCGCCCCGUUCCACCGGUAAGGGGAAAUAAAGGCUCUAUUUUUCCA